CGUACCGAGACCGAGGAAAAGCAUAUAUAUGCUCGGCGGAGAGCGCGGGUGGGGGUGGCGCAUCGAAAUAAUCGGCGACACCUCCGAUCAAUUUCCCGGCUAGAUAUCGGCACCUUUCGAUCAGAUCCGCCGGAUUCUUUGGAUCGAUCCUACCGAUGGCUCCGGUUUCAGCCCUCGCCAAGUACAAGCUCGUGUUCUUGGGAGAUCAAUCCGUCGGGAAAACCAGCAUCAUCACUCGAUUCAUGUACGAUAAGUUCGACAACACCUAUCAGGCUACUAUCGGUAUUGAUUUUCUAUCAAAAACAAUGUAUCUUGAAGAUCGCACGGUUCGGUUACAGCUCUGGGAUACUGCUGGACAAGAAAGGUUUAGGAGUCUUAUUCCAAGCUAUAUCAGGGAUUCCUCUGUUGCAAUAAUUGUAUAUGAUGUUGCAAGCAGACAAUCAUUCCUGAACACUUCAAAAUGGAUUGAGGAGGUUCGCACAGAGCGAGGUAGUGAUGUCAUAAUUGUUCUCGUAGGGAACAAAACUGACCUUGUGGAUAAGAGGCAAGUUUCAAUAGAGGAAGGAGAAGCCAAAGCUCAUGAUUUAAAUGUCAUGUUUAUUGAAACCAGUGCAAAGGCCGGCUUCAAUAUAAAGCCUCUGUUUAGGAAGAUUGCUGCAGCCUUACCAGGGAUGGAAACACUAUCUUCAGCGAAACAAGAAGACAUGGUCGAUGUCAAUCUCAAGUCCAGUAGUGCAAGUGCAUCUCAGUCACAACCACAGUCGGGAGGAUGCUCCUGUUGAUUUUCGAGCCAUCAAAUCGUUCUCGACCUACAAUCUGUAAAGCCCUUGUUCUCAAUCAGCAUUUAAAGUUGUGCGGUUAUGGUGAUAGUCGAACUAGUCCUCACGUGUCUAUCUGUAUGAUUCUUGUGAACCAGUAGUGUGACUGCACCUUUUUCUUCUUUCUUUCUUUCUUUUUGGUAAACAUGUUUGGUCUGUCUGCUGCUUUGUUAGGUGAAAUUUUGCUUGGAGAUGAUAUAAAAUUAAUGAGUCUGGUGAA